CUUCAAAGGCAGCCACUCCUCACACUCCCCAAAUCUUUGCUCAACACCCUUCUCUCCCAAAUCACCCUUCAAAAUCCCAACUUUGCUCCCGCCUUUCUCCAUAAUUCCAAUCCAAUCCUUCUUUUUGAUGUACUGCAUCCUCUAGUCUCCAGAUUUUCUUGGGUUGUGGGGAAGCAUGUGGAGAAUCCUAGCCAAACAAGCCGCUACUUCAUCAAAAACCAAGCUUUCCUUGCACCCCCAAUUCAAAUCUGCUCUCAAAUUCUCUAAAGAACCAAGCUUUUUGAAAAGCAAGCAUUUUGAAACUUGGGUGUGCAGAAAGUAUGGAUCUUUGUUAGUGGGUUCAGUCCAGAUUGGUGAAUUGGGCAGACCCAGUUUGCGGAAUAAUCCCGGUUACCCUUUUGGGUAUUGCAGAGGGUAUGCCAGCUCUGCUGAGGCGAUUGCCUCCACUGAUGAGGAGUCCGGGUCGGAAGAGAUUCAGGUAAUGCUGGAGGAUUUGGUGAGGGAGUGUAAGGUGGAGGAUGAUUCGAAGCAGCCGAAGAGGUUGGUUAGUGGAAUGGGGGCAGGAAAGUAUGGCAUUUUGAGGAGGAGGCAGGUGAAACUUGAGACUGAGGCUUGGGAAGACGCGGCCAAUGAGUAUCAGGAGCUUUUGAGUGAUAUGUGUCAGCAGAAGCUUGCGCCGAAUUUGCCUUAUAUUAAGUCAUUGUUUUUGGGAUGGUUUGAGCCUUUGAGGGAUGCCAUUGCAGCUGAGCCGGAGAGUUGGGCCGGUAAGAAGGGUAAUUGCAGGCCUAGCCAUGCUCCAUAUUUUGAGCUGUUGCCGCCGGAUAAGAUGGCUGUUAUUACAAUGCAUAAGUUGAUGGGGUUGUUGAUGACUAACAGUGGUGGAGUUGGGGCUGUCAAGGUGGUUCAGGCUGCUUGCGCUAUUGGUGAAGCUAUCGAGAAUGAGGUUAGGAUACUCAGAUUUUUGGAGAAGACAAAGAAGAAGAGCAUUGCUACUAAGAAACCUAAAGCUGAAUCUGAUACUGUGACCAGUGAACACGAGAAUCUUAUGAACGGACUGGAGCAAGAGCAACUAACCAAAGAACAGGAGCAAGAAAAACUAACCAAAGAACAGAGGCUGAGGAAAAAGGUUACGAAGUUGCUUAAAAUGAAGAAACUUCAGCAAGUAAAAGAAAUUGUGAAGGAACAAGAUGACUUAAAGCCAUGGAAUCAAGAAGCUCAUGUUAAGGUUGGCUGUCGACUGAUUCAGUUAAUGACGGAAACAGCUUAUAUACAACCUGCAGUUGAUCAAUUAGGAGAUUCUCCACCUGAUUUUCGCCCAGCAUUCAUGCAUACCCUUAAGACUAUAACAAAAGAGGCACAGAAGACCAACAGGAGAUAUGGUGUUAUUGAGUGCGACCCAUUAGUUCGCAAAGGGAUGGAGAAAACGGCAAGGCACAUGGUCAUUCCUUAUAUGCCUAUGUUGGUGCCUCCACUUAACUGGACAGGGUACGAUAAAGGAGCACAUUUAUUCUUACCCUCUUAUGUUAUGCGAACUCAUGGAGCGAAACAACAGCGCCAAGUCCUAAAAUCGACUCCUAGGAAGCAAUUAGAACCUGUUUUUGAGGCGCUGGAUACUCUUGGAAGUACCAAAUGGAGGAUAAACAAAAGGGUACUUGGUGUAGUGGACAGGAUAUGGGCUAGUGGAGGCGGUCUUGCUGACUUGGUUAGCCGUGAAGAUGAUACUUUACCUGAAGACCCAGACACGGAAGAUGAGGCAGAAAUGAGAAAAUGGAAAUGGAAAGUUAAAGCUGUGAAAAAGAAGAAUAGUGAAAGGCACUCGCAGCGGUGUGAUACAGAACUUAAACUUGCUGUAGCUCGAAAGAUGAAGGAUGAGGAAGGCUUCUACUAUCCGCACAAUCUUGAUUUCCGUGGCCGUGCCUACCCCAUGCACCCAUAUCUAAAUCAUCUUGGUUCCGAUAUGUGCAGAGGCGUCCUGGAGUUCGCAGAGGGACACUGUCUUGGAAAAUCUGGCUUACACUGGUUGAAGAUACAUUUGGCAAAUUUAUAUGCUGGUGGUGUUGACAAGCUCUCCUAUGAUGAUCGAGCAGCAUUUACGGAGAACCAUGUAGACGAAAUUUUUGAUUCCGCGGACAGACCUCUUGAAGGAAGACGGUGGUGGUUGGGUGCCGAAGAUCCUUUCCAGUGCUUGGCAGCAUGCAUUAAUCUCACUGAAGCAUUGAGAAGCCCUUCACCGGAGACUACAAUUUCUUAUAUGCCUGUUCACCAGGAUGGUUCAUGUAAUGGUUUACAACACUAUGCUGCCCUUGGAAGGGACAAGCUUGGAGCAGCUGCUGUAAAUCUUGUUGGGGGAGAGAAACCCGCUGAUGUUUACUCAGGAAUUGCUGCCAGGGUACUUGAUAUAAUGCGCACAGAUGCAGAGAAAGAUCCAGCCAUUAAUCCAAAUACAUUGCACGCUAGGCUUUUGAUUAAUGAGGUCAACCGUAAAUUGGUGAAGCAGACAGUUAUGACCUCUGUAUAUGGUGUUACUUAUAUUGGUGCACGCGAUCAAAUUAAGAAGAGACUAAAGGAGCGUGGUACGAUAGCUGAUGACGCGGUGCUGUUUUCUGCAUCUUGCUAUGCUGCUAGAACCACCUUGACUGCCCUAGGAGAGAUGUUUGAAGCUGCCAGAAGUAUUAUGAGUUGGCUGGGUGAAUGUGCGAAGGUUAUAGCUGCAGAGAAUCAUCCAGUUCGAUGGAUCACGCCCCUUGGACUUCCUGUUGUACAACCAUACCGGCAAUUAGGAAGGCAUCUUAUUAAGACUUCCCUUCAGGUGCUGACAUUACAGAGAGAAACAGACAAGGUCAUGGUUAAACGGCAGAGGACAGCCUUUCCCCCCAAUUUUGUGCACUCCCUUGAUAGUACCCACAUGAUGAUGACUGCUCUUGCCUGCAAGAAGGCAGGGUUAAAUUUUGCAGGAGUGCAUGAUUCAUACUGGACGCAUGCAAGUGACGUUGACGAAAUGAAUAGGAUACUAAGAGAAAAGUUUGUUGAACUUUACGAGCAACCAAUAUUGGAGAAUUUGUUGGAGAGCUUUCAAGAGUCUUUCCCCAAACUUAUUUUUCCUCCUUUACCGGAUCGUGGAGACUUUGAUCUCAGACAAGUUCUCGGAUCUACUUAUUUCUUCAACUAGUAUGACCCAGUUGAUUGCUUGCCUGCUAGUCCUUAUGUCAUCCAAUCAGGGUGAUGCAGUUAAUUCGCAUUCUCAUUUACAGACACAAGUCUUGUCAUGAUCAGUUUCAAAUCCCUGUGAAGGAGAGGUUGUUCAGAAGAAAAAAAGAGCUUGAUGUUUGGCUUCUGGAAAUAAUGUCCUGCUGGUAUGCUUGUACAUAUCUAGAUACAAUAGCUGGAAAUAACUUACAGGACAUGGCUAUCUUCUGGAUCCGCUAUUUGUAAGGAUUCGAAAUAAGAAGGCCAACAACCUGCAGCAUUUCUCAAAAGAACAGCUUCAUCGGUGUAGUUCAGAGAAAGUUAAAAUGAUCAAACAUUAUCAGAAGUUCAGAACGUUGGUGAGUUGAUCAAACAGAAGUGCAAGACGACGGUAUAUGUACGCUUGGGAGAUUGCUAUUUCAACAAAGUUGAUUAGUGUAGGUUGGGUGGGUUUAUGAUUAUUAUUCACUUGCAUGCAUAGAAGGUCAACACAAUUGUUGUCAGUGUUUUGUGUUAGGAACUGUACAUCACUCUUUUGUAUUCAUUUAUAGGAAGUGUAGAAUAAGUACAUUACCGAUUCUUGUUUGUUUGGAUACUUGUUCUGAUAUAAAGUGAAACAUGACAG